GCGGGAUAUUCCUCUUUUCUGUUGGUCGCAUACAUUCUAAGACUAUCUCUCCUUGGUUACGGAGACGUUUCCACGCAUGUUUACGGAGAUGCCGAAGAAUGUGUGGCUGUUUUGUUUUAUCAUUGCCGUGAUCUCUUCAGAAAUUUCCGCUAAAUACCAAGGACCAACUUUCAUUCAUGAGCCCCCGAGUAACGUUCUAUUCUAUAACAAUACAGGAACAACAAUCCCUUGUGUCGUAAAUGGAACUCCGAGACCUGACAUCACUUGGACUACUUUAGACAAUGUUAGUGUCACUCCUAUUCCGGGCUUAAGACUAAUUCGUCCAGACGGCGCGUUGACUUUCUCGCCAUUCAGAGCGGAGGAUUAUAGACAAGAUGUUCAUUCAACAAUUUAUAAAUGUUCUGCUUCCAAUAUUGUUGGCAGUAUUGGAAGUAGAGAAGUUCAUCUCAGAGGAGUCUUGUAUCAGAAUUUUGAAGCUCGUGUAUAUGAUGAGUUUGUCAUUAGGGGAAACAUUGGAGUUUUACGAUGUAUUUUGCCAAGUCACGUGAGGGAUUAUGUUAAAGUGACUUCAUGGAAACGAGAUGAUGGCUUAGUUAUUUUACCUCAAAGAGUAAAUGAGAAUGAUCGAUACAUUGUAUAUCCAACUGGAGAGUUGCAUAUUAGAUCUGUGGAUUAUACAGAUAGCCACUUUCUUUACAAAUGCCAAGUUCGAAAUACUUUGACUCGACAGACUAAAGAUAGCAAUACUGGCGGUCGUCUGAUAAUUACAGAACCUCAAUCGAAUGUUCCUCCUCGAAUUACGCAUGCUGUUCGACACGUAUCAGCCAAUCAAGGGGAUUUAGUUCUUAUUCCAUGCGUCGCCCAGGGACAUCCAGCUCCAGCUUACAGAUGGAGUCGGAAGACGGGCGGUCAAACUCUUGACAUCUCCUCCUCCGAUGAAAAGCAUCACUUGAUAAACGGUUCUCUUAUCCUACGCCGCGUUACCCCCCAAGAUGGAGGAUUAUAUGUCUGUGUCGCCAAAUGUGACGCUGGAGAAGUUAGAUCUGAAACACAGCUGACAGUUAGAGCACCCAUAAAAAUAACAGCUUGGCCAUCGAGUCAAGAAGUUAGCUCUGGAUCAACAGUUACCAUCAAUUGCUCCGUCAGCGGUCAUCCGAUUUCAAGUAUAGAGUGGGUAAAAAAUCAAAAGCCACUCUCCUUGUCUCGCAGAGUAGUUCUUAUCAGCAGAAACGUUCUUCACAUUACAACAGUGCAAAGAGAUGACAAGGGAAUGUAUCAAUGCAUAGCCCGAAAUGACGAAGACUCUGCACAAGGAUCAGCGGAACUGAGCAUUGCAUCUGAGCCUCCAGUUCUACUGAGUAAGUUUGAAGAGCUUAUUGUAAAACCAGGGGAAUCCAUAUCUCUUCGCUGCUCUGCUGUUGGCAAUCCACUUCCUCAAAUAACUUGGUAUUCAUAUGAUUUUCCAGUUCAAGAUACGAUCAGAAUUCGUGUUGGGGAUUACGUUAGUCGAGAAGGCCAUGUUAUUAGUUUCAUAAACAUUACCAGAGUUGAAGUUUCUGAUGGUGGACAGUAUGAAUGUCGUGCUAUAAAUGAAUAUGGUGUAGACUCUUUUUCAUCAAUAGUUCAUGUAAAAGGACCACCUUCUAUACGACCAAUCAGAAACAGAACUGCAGUUGCAGGAGAUAUCUUAAUUGUGCACUGCCCAGUUUCCGGCUAUCCAAUUCAGUCUAUCCGUUGGAUGAAAGGCAACCGUCAACUUCCCCUGGGAAGACGCCAGAAGGUAUUCACUAAUGGAACUUUGCUCAUCCAAGGUCUGGAUGCUGUGGAGGAUGCUGGAAAGUACCGCUGUCAGGUGGAAAAUGAUGAAGGGAUCAAAGCUUCUGUCGACGUCUUUCUUGGAGUUCUUGUUCCUCCAAGCAUAACUCCCUUCAGCUUUCCCAAAAACCCUCAGGAAGGUAUGCGGGCAAGUGUCUCGUGUAGUGUCCCAACUGGUGAUGCUCCCAUUCGAAUAUCCUGGCUGAAGGAUGGAAUUCCCCUAUCCCUGGAGACUGGAAUAUCUCUUGAAAUGAUAGAUGACUUCGUAUCCACUCUCAUCUUCAAGUCCCUUCGUCAAGAACACAGUGGCACAUAUACCUGCGUGGCAUAUAAUGACGCUGCCACUGUCAAUUAUUCAGUUCCAUUGUCUGUGAACGCACCUCCAAGAUGGAAAGUGGAACCUGUUGACCAGUUUGUGCCAGUAGGUGGAACCGUAACCUUAGACUGUACUGCUGAUGGGAGACCCGAACCUAGAGUGAUAUGGAAAAAAAUGGACGACGACCGAGGAGAUUACCGUACAGUCAUCAGUGGAUCCCAUAUUCAGACAUUGGUUAAUGGCUCACUAGUAAUCAGAGAUAUUGAGCAAGAUGAUGAUGGCCGGUACAUGUGUGAAGCAAGUAAUGGAGUUGGAACGCCUUUAAGCACUGUUGUUAAACUAACUGUUCAUGUUCCUGCUCAUUUCAAACAGAAGUUUGUGGCUCAAACAGUAAGAACAGGAGAAUCCGUCACUCUGAAGUGUGAAGCUUUUGGAGAAAAACCAAUGACAUACAUGUGGUUAAAAGAUAAGCAGCCUUUUGCUGGCUUAAGUCAUCCAAGAUAUAUGCUUCGAGAACAAAUGUUGAAUUCUGGUCAUCUGUCAGAGCUCACAAUUCAUGUAGUAGAACGCCAAGAUAAUGGAUUGUACACGUGUGUAGCCUCAAAUGCUUUUGGACAAGAUGAGAAACAUAAUCAAUUAACAGUCCAAGAACGUCCUGAUGCUCCAACAAAUAUGGAAGCUGUCCAUAUAAGUGGAAGAAAAGCUGUACUGAGAUGGACAAAACCAUUUUCUGGAAACACACCAAUAGUUAAAUAUAUUUUGGAAUAUGUUGAUGGAAAAGACGGUUGGAGUGGCCGCACAAGAGAAUUAGUAGCGGAUGGUGACCAACUUCAAAUUAAUGUAGAAGACCUACAACCAGUCUCACAGUACAGCUUUAGAUUAAUUGCCGAAAACGUAGUUGGGCGCAGUUUGCCCAGCAUUCCUCUGGAUGUCAUCACCGAAAGUGAAGUUCCAGGCGCACCUCCCAGAAAUGUCCACGCAGUAGCAACAGAUUCAACAACAUUACAUGUAUCUUGGGAUCAACCAAUGAAAAAUCUUCACCAUGGUUCAAUUCGAGGUUAUUACAUAGGCUACAAAACAGCAUCAACCACUGAUCCAUUCAUUUACAAAACUGUUGAAGUUAUUGAGGGACAGGAUAGAAGCUGUGACAUUACGCAGUUGAGAUCUAACACCAAGUACAUAAUUGUGGUGCAGGCCUUUAAUGAUAAGGGAGCAGGACCCCUCUCAGAUGAGGUGGCAAUCCGCACUCUUAAGUUCGAUCCACCUAUGCCACCUGUGUUGUCUGUUUCUGAAACUACUGCUUCUUCAAUCGGCCUAAAGUGGGACAGACAAAAUGGAAAAGCAGCACCAGUUUCAGGUUAUGUCCUUCAUUGGCGAGAGAAAGCUUUUGAUUGGGCCGAAGUGCAACUCCCUUCAGAAAAAAGCAAUCAUAAGUUCACAGGCCUCAAUUGUGGUGGAGAGUAUCAAUUCUACAUAACGGCCUUCAAUACCAUGGGAAAAGGCCAACCAAGUGACGUCAUAACAGUAAAAACUGAUGGAACAGCUCCGAUUGCAGCCAGCGAACAGACUUUUAUCAAUCGAAAUGCCACAACAAUUCUUCUUCGUCUAAGUGCAUGGAAAAGCGGAGGCUGCCCAAUUUUAUUUUUUGUUGUGCAGUACAAACAACAGAGACUGCUGGACUGGAAUAUACUCUCUUCUCGUAUUGAACCUAGUGAAGAAUAUGCUAGAAUCACGAAUCUUACACCAAGUACCUGGUAUAGCAUCAUGGUUACAGCACACAACAGUGUUGGUCCAACAGAAGUCGUUUAUGAGACCUCAACGCUUACCUUAAUGGGAGGUACGAUUGAGCCUGAAAUAGUCCGAGAAACCGGAGAAAAGGAACAGCUGAGAAAAUACAAGAGUCUUUCCAUUAUUGUUCCUGUAAGCUGUGCCAUUAUUGUCCUUAUUGCUGUCUCCCUUGCGGUGUUUUUUCUAGUCUGCAAAAAAAGGGGGACACGCUUAACCAACCAUUAUGAAGGAGUCAGAGGAAACGAAGAUGGUAAAAGCGACGCAUUAGCAAUGGCUGAUUUAGAGAAAACAUACGAACAAAAUAGAGAAUCUGUUUACUUUCCUGCACCGUAUGCUACAAGUCGAGUACCAGGUUUACACAGAGAUGAUGUCGGCAUGGAAAGAGAUGGAUGUAGAAGCUUACAUCACCAUAGCAACAGACAGAAUGAUCACAUGUAUGACAUUCCUCAGCAAAUGAGAGACGAUAUGCGCAGACAUAGUUAUCAUAUGCCUGCAGUACAAGAUGGAACGAUAGAAAUAAGAGAUUAUGAAUCCAGUAAGCCACAUCCUUUGCAAAGCAUAACUGAAGAGGGAAUUCAUUGUGAUUUAGAUAGCUUCAUUAUGCACGAAAAAUUAGCUCUCGGCAACGUGUGGACAGCAAAUCAUAGAUGGCGUACAAGUGAUUUACUAGGACAUGAAGGUAGUUAUAGUCCAUUACAUGUUCACGCUCAAACAUUUGUUAAUGAUGGACAAGAAUUGUCCGAUGCUGAGUGUGAUAGAGACUUGAGGCAUAUUUCAGAAAAUGGUUUAAAGUCAAGAAAUGUUCUUCAAGUGAACACACGAAAUAUGUGUUUGGCAAAAUAAUAUUAUAUAAAGAAAAAAUAUUGAAAUGUAAGAAAAAAAUAUUUUAAACAAAUCGAGCUUUUAUUUGUAAAAAUGUAUCAUAUUUAAUAUAGUAUAUAGUAUUUCAAAAAUUGUUUAAAGCAAUUAAAUAUUUAAGCUUGAAGUUAAUUGAAGUGUUUUGAUGAAAUGUUAUUAUUUAAGUUAUUAAAAUUUUAUUAUAAAAAGAGGCAUUGAUUAUUGACCGUCUUUGAAGUUUUAAUGUCCGGUUAUCCUUAAACGAAUAAAGUGUUCUUAAAAUUAAGUUUAGAGGAAGACUAAAAGAUUAUAAAUGGAUGAAAAAAUUAUGAAUAUCAAAAUGUUACAAAAAAUGUGAUUGAAAAUUUUACUAACAUUCACACAUUCAAUAACUAACGAAAUGAAGGAUGUAUGAUUGAUAUCUUUUCAAGUUAUACUAAGGAAAUUUCUUAAAAAAAUGUUUGUAUAAAAAUAAAUAGUAAAUAACGCUUUAUGAUCAUAUUAAAUUAAAUUAUACGGAAAUUAAUCUAUCAGAAAAAAUUGUUACUCAUAAGAGAUGUUCAAUAGUUUGACCGAUUAAUAAAUAAUAUCUGUAUGUGAGGAAUAAUGCUGAAAAUCUAUCUUUAUGAAAAACAUCAUUAAAAGUAAAAAAUAAUUUAGAAAAUAUACAGUAAUGCAGUUCAAACUACUGUUUUUUUAGUAGUUUAUCGAACAACUGAUUUGUAUGUGAUAUACAAAAGCAUUUAUUUCACCAUUUCAAGAGUUAAAGUUCUUGUGCUUAAAUUAUACACCCUGCAAUCGAAAUUUCCAAGAUUCUGCUUUAAUUAUACUUAACUUCAAUUCCUUUAAAACUGACGUCUCGUCUGAAGCAUACAUACUUGUAAAUGACACUUUUAAGUGUCGUAAUUAUUAUGAAAUUUCUUAUUAAUUCAAGAGUUUAAUUUCUAAUUUUUUUUUGUAUCUUAUUUUAUAACAUGUUUCAGGUUUUUUUUCAUGUGUUCAUGAUACGUAACUUCAAUUACUUAUGAACUGUCUUCUCUUAUUGAGCAUAUAUGUAUCGUAUAAAUUUUCAUACGGCACUCAAAACUAUUAUUGUUAUGAAAAUCAAUUCAAGAAUUGAACUUUUAAUCAUUUUGCUUUUUUUUUAUUUUACAAUGUGUAUGAGAAUUUUUGUUACUAUGUCAAUGAUAUUUCACUUUAACUAUUUAUGAGCUGAUGUCUCUUAUUGACCAUAAACGUAUUGUUAUGAAAUUGCUCACCAUUUACAGAUUCUAGUCAUGUUAUUACAUAUGUUUUAAUAUGUUUCAAGAUUGUUUUUACUGUUUUUACUUCACUUAAAUUCCUUGAAACUGUCGUCUCAUCUUAAGAGUACAUGUAAUGUUACGUUAAAUGUAAAAUAUUUGUGAAAAAUAAAGAAUAUGUUAUU